ACCAGUCAUCGGACCUUAAUUCGCCUAUAUAUUAAUAUAUAUCACGAGAUAACUCCACCCAAACUACAACAAACAUGAACAGCUUUGUUUUAAUAUCAUUUUUGGCUUCUAUUUUGCCAGCUGCAUUAGGUCAGUUUGGUGUGUGUACUGAUGAUUCGGAAUGCCUACUGGCCGGGUAUCACUGCUGUAAAGGGACGAUAUACUGUUGUGAAAAUGGAUACAUGUGUACAGGCACGGGCACGUGCAUCAGCUAUGGCGUUAUCAUCGGGCCAGUUGUCGGGUUCGUCGUGUUAGCCAUUGGUGUUGCAUUCUUCAUAUAUAGACGGAGAUGUCGCAACAGGAAUGUAUAGAUGCCGAGGACUUAACAAGCCAUUCUGAUCCACAAGUCAAGGGGGAUCACUCUGUUUCAUCCAUACGCACAUUUUUUACGUAUUCAGCCAAAUUGUUUUAAUUUUGUUCACUACAAUCACCAUUGUUUUAAUAUCGCUAAUAUUAAAUGAUUUAAAUUGAA